CCCCGCGAUCGUCACUUCCGGGCGGGGCGAAGGCGGAAGCGUGUGCGUGGAGGCGGCGAAGCGGGGCUGAGUUAUCUUUGGCCCACGCCUCCCGUCUCUUCCGGGUCUGGGCCCUGAUCCUUGGAGACGGCCCGCGAGACCGAGCGAGGGACGGGCAGCCAUGACGCGGCCUCGGGGCCUGGCGGGGUCUGGAGGCUGACCACGCCUACGCCGCCUGCCCUCUAGGCCCCCUCCUCCAGGCAGCCCGCCAGGUCCCGGCACCUUGCAAAGUGCUGGCCGCAGCCGGGCGACCCCGGGUCCCAGCCCCUCGGCAUGGCCACGGCCGCAGCCUCCAACUGGGGGCUGAUCACGAACAUAGUGAACAGCAUAGUGGGGGUCAGUGUGCUAACCAUGCCCUUCUGCUUCAAACAGUGCGGCAUCGUGCUGGGAGCCCUGCUCCUGGUCUUCUGCUCCUGGAUGACACACCAGUCGUGCAUGUUCCUGGUGAAGUGCGCCAGCCUAAGCAAGCGCAGGACCUACGCCGGCCUGGCCUUCCACGCUUACGGGAAAGCCGGGAAGAUGCUGGUGGAAACCAGCAUGAUCGGGCUGAUGCUGGGCACCUGCGUGGCCUUCUACGUCGUCAUCGGUGACCUGGGCUCCCACUUCUUCGCACGGCUCUCUGGGUUCCAGGUGGGCGGCGCCCUGCGCGUGCUCCUGCUCUUCGCAGUGUCGCUGUGCAUCGUGCUGCCCCUCAGCCUGCAGAGGAACGUGAUGGGCUCCAUCCAGUCCUUCAGCGCCAUGGCACUCCUCUUCUACGCUGUGUUCAUGUUCGUGAUGGUGCUGUCCUCCCUCAAGCACGGCCUCUUCGGCGGGCGCUGGCUGCGGCGGGUCAGCUACGUCCGCUGGGAGGGCGUCUUCCGCUGCAUCCCCAUCUUCGGCAUGUCCUUCGCCUGCCAGUCCCAGGUCCUGCCCACAUACGACAGCCUGGACGAGCCGUCGGUGAAAGCCAUGAGCUCCAUCUUCGCCUCUUCCCUCCACGUGGUCACCACCUUCUACGUCAUGGUGGGGUUUUUUGGGUAUGUGAGCUUCACCGAGGCCACCGCGGGGAACGUGCUCAUGCACUUCCCCUCCAACCUGGUGACGGAGAUGAUCCACGUGGGCUUCAUGAUGUCUGUGGCCGUGGGCUUCCCCAUGAUGAUCCUGCCGUGCAGACAGGCCUUGAACACGCUGCUCUUCGAGCAGCAGCAGAAGGACGGCACCUUUGCGGCUGGGGGCUACAUGCCGCCUCUGCGGUUUAAGGUGCUCACCCUCGCGGUCGUCUUUGGGACCAUGGUCGGCGGCAUGAUGAUCCCCAGUGUGGAGACCAUCCUGGGCCUCACGGGCGCGACCAUGGGAAGCCUCAUCUGCUUCAUCUGCCCGGCUCUGAUCCACAGGAAGGUGCACAGGAGCGUCCUCUCCUCCCAGGUGGUGCUCUGGGUCGGCCUGGGUGUCCUGGUGGUCAGCACCCUCACCACCCUGUCCGUGAGUGACGAGGCCCCUGCGGACCUGGCCAAGGAGGCCCCUGGCAGCCAGCUCGGAGAGGACGAGGGUGUGGCGAAGGCGGAGGCAGCCCGACUCGCAGAGCAGGAGCCGGCCGUGGAUGCGCCCAGGGAUGGCCGAGGACAGCCCCGGCCACCGGAGGAGAAAGAGGAGCUGGAGCAGGCCCAGAUUAAGGGGCCCAUGGACGUGCCUGCAGAGGCGGACACCAAGUACAAGCAGGAGGCUGCACAGCUGGACCGCCCUGGGCAAGGGGUCGCCGUGCCUGUGGGUGAGGCCCACCGCCACGAACCUCCCGUCCCUCAUGACGAGGUGCUGGUAGAUGAGGGUCAGGACCAGGGAGGGCCGGGCCAGGACAGAGCUCCGUCCAGACACGCAGAUGCAAGGGCUCUGGGGAACAAGGCUCAGAUGGCGCCACCUCUGCCCGACUCUGAAAGGGAAAGACCCGGGCAGCACCCGGCCUUGGGGGGAGAAGAAGGUCUUCCUGAAGCUCUCCAGAAGGUUCCAGAAGCAAACGGCCAGCCCCCAGUUCAGGCCUUGGAGGAGGACCCAGGACCUGGUAACCGGGAUCCACGCCCAGUGCCCCGGGCCGCGUCCCCCAGGAAGCAGCAUGCCCCAGCGGCAGGCGGGGACAGGAGGGCUGACGAAGCACCAGCAGACGACGUCCCUUAUGCAGGCAGGCCCUUGGACAGCGGCCCUGGUGGGAAGGCCCCCCUCCUGGACCAGCAACCGGCUCCUGGGGCUGGGCCGCGGCCAGAGGUGCAAGAGCAGAGGGAUGCAGAGCGGCCGGGCGCAGACACGGCGGGCAAGCUGGAGGAGGCAGGCCGGGCAGGAUUGCUGGACCACGCGGUGCUGCUGCGGGUGAUCCAGGAGCAGCAGGUGCAGCAGAAGCGGCUGCUGGACCAGCAGGAGAAGCUGCUGGCGGUGAUCGAGGAGCAGCACAAGGAGAUCCACCAGCAGAGACAGGAUGGCGAGGAGGAGCGGCCCCGGCAGGUGGACAUGCAGCCGGAGCCCGGGGUUGCUGCACCCCUAGACCCGGUGAAGGAGGCCCUCGGGAAGACUGGGGUGAUGGCAGGGAGCCCUCCUGUGCAGCCUUUGGAGCCCAUCCUUGAGAGUCCUGGGGAUGUCCCUGCUGUGCCCCAGCAGCUUGGCCAGCAGUCCUUGGAGGAGCCCAAGGGGGCCAUGGACAGACCUCCUGGUGGGGCCUCUGACAUGGAGCCCCAGGCAGCCCAGGCCCAGCUGCAAGCAGGCCACGAGGGUGUGCUGCCCGAGGCGGCUGGGGCUGGGAAGGGCUUGGAACAGCUGCUUGUCCCAGACCCUGCCAGGGUCCCUGCGGGCUCAGAGAAGCGGCUCACUGAAGACUUGCCCAGGCAGAGUCAGGGCACUUUGGGUGGAGGUCCCCCAGAAAAGAAGCGAUCUGGAGACAAGGCAGCAGGCCCUGGUGCUGACAUGCAGGAGGGGGUGGGCAGGCCGGGGGUGGGGAUGGGUGUGGAGGCUGGGGGCCUUCAUGUGGCGUCCAGCCCAGUGAACCAGGGCCUGGGCCUUGCAGUGGGGCAGUCCAGCCGGUCAGGGGGUGCAGUCGCUCCACCCCAGGUCUUGUUACAUCAGCCGGGACCUGGGGCCAUCUCUGAUGGCGGGGAGGGCGUGCAGCAGGGCCGCCAGGCAGACCAGGGCCGUCGCCCAGAGGCAGGAAAGGAGGCCCUCCGUGGGGACCAUGGCCUUGCUCCCCAUGAGCAUCCGAGAGCUGAGCAGGACGCUGCUGUCCAAGAACCCAGGCAGAGGCUGGACAAGGCUGAAGGCAGCCGAGAGCUGAAGCUGCAGGCCGGCUCUGACCUCAGGAGGCGGCGACGAGAUCUCGCCCCUCCUGCCGAGGGGGAGCCAGCCCUGGAGGACGGGGUUGUCAUCAGCUUUAACGCCCUGCCUGACGUCCAGGGGAAUGACCUCCGCAGCGCCUUGGGUGCCCAGCUGCGCCAGGCUGCGGGAGCUGCCCUGCAGGUGGUGCACAGCCGGCAGAUCCGACAGUUGCCGGGGGCUCCAGAGGAGGCCUGAGCCCUCACCGUCACUGGUGUCUGAAGCUCUCACUGCCUAAAGCAUUCUUCCUGUCACCGUCCUGUCACCGCCGUGCUUUCUCCACCCCAGCCCAGGAGGACACAUGGGUCUGGCUUGAGCACCCGAGCUGCGUGCGAGGCUGCGUCUGGCUGCCCGCCCAUGUUCAGACAGACCCAGCCUAUUCGCCCGGGCGUGUGUGGGCCUAGGAUGAGCAGACGUGGCUGAGGUACCGACGCCCCCGAUGCCGCAGGGCUGGCCUCACAGCCGCACCUCCCCAAGUGUCGAAGAACGUCACAAUAAAGCUGCCGUUGCCCCACUGC